CCGGCCGGCGGAGGGUGCUUCCCCAGGGAAAGUUACUCGGCGCCCCCCAGUCGAGGGGCGGGGGUGUCCGGGGCUGCCUCCACCGGCGCCUGUGCGUGUCGCUGAGCUAUUUAUUUAAAUUGCAAAUAAAGCGCCUCGGCGCUCACCCUGCUGGGGAAAGACAGUCCGGGUGCCGCACCGGGCGCCCGGCCGGCGUGAGGCCGCCAGCGACGAGUCCAUGGCCGCGGGGGCGGCUCCAGCCCUCGGGGCUCUGCUCUACGCCCUGCUCUGGGCGGCAACGGCAGCGGCGGGCAGCCCCGCGCCCGGCGCCUUCGGCCGCGUCUACCGGGGCGCCGUGAACAUCAGCGCGGAGCAGGUCUACGCCUUCGCCUACAGCAGAGAGCCCGGGCAGGUAGAUGCAGUGCGGGUGUACGUGAACAGCAGCUCUGAGAACCUCCAAUAUCCUGUCUUGUUUGUAGUUCGCCAACAGAAGGGAGUGCUGUCGUGGCAGGUUCCACUGAUUUUUCGAGGCCUCUAUCAGAGGACCUACAAUUACCAAGAAGUGAGUCGGACCCUCUGUCCCUCUGAGCCAACCCCUGAGGCAGGACCCUCUGACCAGAUUAUAUUUGUGGAUGUUGCUUCCAUGGCACCAUUUAAUAUUGCGUAUGAGCUGCUAGUCACCAGGCUUGAGAACUUCCAACUUGAGACCAACAAAGCCUUUAACUUCACUGCCAGCCCUUCUCAGCCCCAGUAUUUUCUGUACAAGUUUCCUCAGGAUGUCGAUUCGGUCAUUAUUAAAGUGGCGUCUGAUGUAGUCUACCCGUGCUCGGUUGUCUCCGUCCAGGAUAUUGUGUGCCCAGUGUAUGACCUGGACCAUAAUGUGGAGUUCAACGGUGUUUACCAGUCUAUGACAAAGCAGGCAGCUAUAACAGUGCAGAGAAAGGACUUCCCAGGUGAGCAGUUCUUUGUUGUGUUCGUCAUCAAGCCAGAGGAUUAUGCCUGUGGGGGUUCUGUGCCUUCCUCCAUUCACGGGAACGUCAACCGUACCUGGAACCUGCAGCGGACGAAGAACCUUCAAGUGAUGAUUGUGCCCUCUAUUAAAAAAUCCGUUUAUGUCCAGGCCAUGUUCUUCAGCUUCCUGAGCUUCCUCUCCUUUUACCUGGGCUCAGUGGUAGUUGCUUUUGUGCACUAUAUCAGGGUUCGGAGGAAGGCUUUGGCUGGGAGACUGAGUCCUGAGGAUGGCGAUAGAUGGAGGAACCACACCUACUGCAGAUCUGGGAUUAUGACAUCUUCGCAUCCCAUCACAGCCAGCACCCCUGAAGGAAGCAGCUAUGGUGCUAUUGAUGAGUCAAGCUCCAGUGGUGGACGUCAGUUGUCUUCCCCUGAGCGCGGGCUGCCAGCUGGUUCUGACACAGACAGCUCUGUGGAGGAGGAGAGCGACUUCGACACCAUGCCAGAAAUUGAAAGUGAUAAGAAUGUCAUCCGCACUAAGGUGUUCCUCUAUCUAUCAGACUUGUCCAGGAAGGACCGAAGGAUUGUCAGCAAAAAAUACAAAAUCUAUUUCUGGAACAUCAUCACCAUUGCAGUGUUUUAUGCCCUGCCGGUCAUCCAGCUCGUCAUCACUUACCAGACGGUAGUGAAUGUGACAGGCAAUCAGGACAUCUGCUACUACAACUUUCUGUGUGCUCAUCCCCUUGGGGUGCUGAGUGCCUUCAACAACAUCCUCAGCAAUGUGGGCCACAUGCUGCUGGGCUUUCUCUUCCUCCUCAUUGUGUUGCGCAGGGACAUUCUCCACCGUCGGGCCAUGGAGAUGAAAGAUGUCUAUACCCUGGACUAUGGGAUCCCAAAGCAUUUUGGUCUCUUCUACGCUAUGGGCAUCGCUCUGAUGAUGGAAGGGGUGCUCAGUGCCUGUUAUCACGUUUGCCCUAAUUACUCCAAUUUCCAGUUUGACACCUCCUUCAUGUACAUGAUAGCAGGACUCUGCAUGCUCAAGCUCUACCAGACCCGGCACCCAGACAUCAAUGCCAGCGCCUACUCUGCCUAUGCCUCGUUUGCCGUGGUCAUCUGUCUUGCAGUCCUUGGAGUGGUGUUUGGGAAAAAUGAUGUGUGGUUUUGGGUCAUUUUCUCAAUGAUCCAUGUUUUGGCCUCUCUGGCUCUCAGCACCCAGAUCUACUACAUGGGCCGCUUCAAGAUCGAUGGCCCUGACUCAGACUUGGGGAUAUUUCGACGGGCGGCGAUGGUGCUGUACACAGACUGUAUCCAGCAGUGCAGUCGACCAAUGUACAUGGACAGGAUGGUGCUGCUCAUUGUUGGAAACCUGGUCAACUGGUCCUUUGCUAUCUUUGGGCUGGUGUAUCGGCCCAGAGACUUCGCGUCCUACAUACUGGGGAUCUUUAUCUGUAACCUGUUGCUGUAUCUGGCUUUCUAUAUCAUCAUGAAGCUCCGCAGCUCUGAGAAGCUCCUGCCCAUCCCCCUGUUCUGCAUUGUGGCCACGGCAGUGGUGUGGGCGGCCGCCCUCUACUUCUUCUUCCAGACCCUCAGCAGUUGGGAGGAGACUCCAGCAGAGUCCCGGGAAAAGAACCGGCCGUGCAUCCUGCUGGGCUUCUUUGAUGACCAUGAUGUCUGGCACUUCCUCUCUGCGGCUGCCUUGUUCUUCUCCUUUCUGGUCCUGCUGACCCUGGAUGAUGACCUGGAUGCUGUGCGCAGGGACAAGAUCCCGGUGUUCUGAGUCCCCAGGGGAUGGGGGCGCAGGGUCGUCCCAAAUUGCUCAGCCAAAGGCACCGGGCCACCAGCAUCUGUGGGGAAUGAGCCUGCUUCUGUGGCUGACAACCCCAUGGGAGCAGGGGAGCCGGAUCCUACAGCAAGCAUGAAAGGGUGCUGUGGCAACUGAGGCGGGACUGGGAGGGAAGAUGACAUAUUUUGCUGCUUUCCCACCGUCUGGGGCAGGCAUGACCCAGCGGCUGAGGUCAGUGCGCAGCCCUCUGGCUUGUAGGUGCAGCAGGUGUUGGAGCCAGUGAAGAGGGAGGAAACAGGAGGUGUGUGUGAGACCUUUGCUUCCCUUCCUCCCUGCUGAUCUGCUCUGCUUCCUCUCCAGUGAGUGGGCUUGAGAAGUGCAACGCAGCUGCUCCUGCUUCGGCAGCCGGUGCCUGUACCCUGUGUGCUGCUGCCCUUGGAGGGUCCCUUUUGGCAGCACGGGGAGAGUGUUUGGUUCCUGACUCACAGCUGCCGAGUGAGCAAAGGACUCCAAGCUGAGGUGGCAGUGGGGGACUGUUUUCUUUUCUUGCUGGAGAGGCUUCUCCCGUAGCUGGUGGGGAGCCAUGGUAACAAGAGAAACAAGUCCAAGGGACUGCAGCGUUGGAGGGAGAUGAUGGACUAGAGCUGCCCAUGAGUGCUCUGCCAGAGGCAGAACCUCCCGCCUUGCUCUUGCAGCCUCUCUCACUUACACGUAAUAUUGAACAGCCUCUCUUCUCUCUGGUGGCUCCUACGCAGGCGCUUGUCAGCGUGAUGGUCUCCUUCACAGCACCAGAAGUCUGUCCUCAAGCAACCUUAAGAGAUGGGUGCGGUGAAGCCGCAGCCUUGUUCCUCGGCAGCUCCUUGGCUCCUGCUGCACGGCCUUGCUAAAGGGGCAGGGUGGAACAGGAUGGCUGUCCAGCAGCCUCAGACUUUCUCCUCCCACAAGCUUGCUUUGGGCAAACUUGGCAAAACAGGUUCCCUUAUGGGCUGGGGGUGUGGAGGAGGUUUUGGGGCAGUUGGAGUUGGGCUCUUUAGCUAAAGAUCUGGACCAAACUUCUUUCCUCUCCAACUUUUCUGCAUCUGAAGUAAGUUUUAAAAUGGCUUCUGCAUUCUUCCUGAAUUCUCAAUUAUUUAAAAAAUAAAAAUAAGGUGUGAGGUACUGCAGGCUUUGCAUCAAAAAUGUGACUUGUUUUGAUAAUUUUGAAUUAAAAAGUAUUCUUUGAGGCCUGCUGUCCUUAUUCUUGUCAUUGAGCAUUUUUCCUUUGGUGUAUGAGCAUGUAUCCAGUGAUGCAAAGGCUCCAUUCCACUUCUGCUUACCAAAGCAGUAAUUUUCUACUCCAAGAAGUAUGCGUCUCCUAGAAAAGUUUUGCAGUAGCUGGUUUUUAUUUUUUUCUAAGUUGGAGUUUGUCAACAUGGUCAAUAAAAUGAAUGUUC